AUGGGUUCAAACUCGAAGCUUUUUAAACCAUGUAUUGAAGAUAGGAUCAGUGGAUUGCCAGAUGCAAUUCUUUUCCACAUUAUUUCAUUCCUUGAAACAAGAGAUGCUGUAAAGACCUUCCUAUUAUCUCAUAGAUGGAACAAUGUGUGGACUUAUGUUCCGAAUCUGGAGGUAUAUGUAUCUUCACCGAAAUAUGACUCAGAUGAACAUGUGGGUCAAGCUGGGUUUGUUGAUCGAGUACUUCUGUUCCGUAACUUGUCAAACAUUCAUAAAUUCCGUCUUAUCUGCCUUGGAAUCAAAGAUUAUUUUGAUCGUAUUGAUGCUUGGGUUUGCACUGCCAUUAGGCGUAAUGUUGUAGAACUUGAACUUGAUCUUUAUACCACACCCUCAAAUUCCUACACAGGGUGUCUUAAGUUGCCUACAAGCAUUUUCAUUUGCAAGACACUGGUAUAUUAUCCUGUAGCUGUCGACUCAGUGGCAAAACUGUUUUCGUGUUGUUUCUCUGCACUUGAAGGUUUAAUUAUACAUGGAAAUCUCGGAAGACUUAGAGAUGAUAAAGUUUUGAACUUAACUAUCCCUGCUCCUAAACUCAAAAGACUACAGAUGAGAUUCUGUGCUGUUCCAGAGGAUGACCCUUAUGCUAGGGAUGGAGGGUAUGAGUACAAAAAUUUUGUUAAUGCUAAUGCUCCAAACCUUGAAAAGUUCAAUGUCAAGUACCUUUUGGCAAGCUAUUCUUUGAAGAAUGAUGGGGGACUGAUGAGAAGGCCAUCAUCUGCUUACUGGGUCAUAGAAAUGCAGCUCAAAGAAAAGAAAUCAGGGUCGUUUAUGAGCAACUUUGUCAAGAAGAUAUUAUCAAGCACCUUAAGUCUGAGCUCUCUGAGAGCAGUGUACCGUUGGACAUUGGAUCCAGCUGAUUGUGAUGCUGUUUUGGCUAAUCUGGCCAUCAAGAAACCCGAUUGCAACUACAAUGUCAUCAUUGAAAUCUUCAGUGUUCGGUGUCCUGAAGAGCUUCUGGCUGUAAGAAAAGCUUACCAGCUUCGUUACAAGUGCUCUUUGGAAGAAGAUCUAGCUCAACGUACCAAUGGUGAUCUCCACAAGACAAGUAGAAGUGCUAGUGGUGCUUCUGGCUUAUGGUGA